GUCAAUCGGUCGUUCGGGCACGGUAAAAUCGUUGAUAACAUUGAUAAGAGGUCAAAUAUAAAAUAUAUUUUACCUUUACUCAAUUUUUAUUUUUCGAAAAAUUAAAAAUGAAGCCCAUUGUGGAUUAUGAAGUGGCGGCUACUGCAGAUCCAACACCAAUAAAAUUGUUGACACCAGGGCCAGAUUUCCAAAAAUACCACACAUCAUGGUUGGAAGACAAAUGGUUUCCUUUCAUGGGGUUCGUAUUGGGUGCGGGUUCAGUCUGGUACACCUAUACAAUGAAUAGAAGACCUUUUUACUCUGGAAUACAUGUAAAGCUAGGUGCUGGAAUCGUUGGCGCUACUGCCCUCUAUUAUUAUAAACAAUAUAGAACUUCAUAUCUGGCAGAUAAAGAUGCCAUGUACAGACACUACAUUCAAUUACACCCUGAAGAUUUCCAAGCUCCAGAACGCAAGAAAGUUGGCGAAUUAUUCAAGGAAUGGGUUCCUGUACGCUAAUUUCUAAGAAUUUACAAAAUUAAAAUUAGUUAAUCAGAGAUAAAUUUUCAACAUUUAUAUUGUUAAAGUGUAAAGUAACAUUAAACUUUGAAUUGUAAAAAAAUGUAUGUCAUGUAGAUUAUUUUUACGUACAGUUAAUACAGCUGUAUAAUUAUAAAAUAACAAAUAUCCAUAGUAA